GCUUUAGGUUCUGAUCAGGCUUUUGUGUUAGAUGGAGAGUUUUUACACAUGAGAUGCAGUGCCCAUAUCAUUAACUUGAUAGUUAGAGAUGGAAUGGCUGAAAUAGAUCAGAGUGUAGUUGCUAUCCGUAAUGCUGUCUCUUAUGUUAGAUCACAUACUAACAAGUUGAGAUCUUUUGAGCUAAAAGUUGACUCCGGUAAGAUUACAAGGGGAAGUCUUCCGUUGGAUGUGAAGACAAGGUGGAAUUCAACUUAUCUAAUGUUGACAACAGCUCAAAAGUUCAAGGUGGCUUUCGAUAAGAUGGAAGCAGAAGACAGGCUCUACAAUGAUCACUUCUCUGAGUUUGAAAAUGGAGCAUCAAGGGUCGGGCCUCCUCAGCAAAGGGAUUGGAGUGUUGUUGAGAAGUUAUGUCAAUUUCUUAUCAUCUUCUACAACUCGACACUGGUGGUCUCGGCUUCAACUUCACUCAAUUCACAUAAGUGCUAUGGUGAGAUUGUAACCAUUGCGACUAAUCUAUUAGAACUCUCCAGCAGCCCUGAUUCUGAGAUGAGGUCUAAGGCGUCAGAUAUGCUCAAGAAGUUUGAGAAGUAUUGGGAUUGCAUGAAAAAUAUUAACAUGAUGUUAAUUGUGGCCACUGUUUUCGACCCCAGCAACAAGUUGGAGCUUGCCAAGAUGUGUUUUGAAGAGUUAUAUGGGCUAGAGACUACUGAGUAUAAGGAGAUGUAUGACUCCUUGAUUUGUGUCUUGAGGAGUUUGUUCAGAGAGUACAGUUCAAGACAUGGAGCCGCUGGAGCCGCGCUUAAUCCAAGUGACCAAUCUUCCCAGUCUAACAACUCAAGUAAGUCUAGAGACCAAUGUAUUGAAAGGAUGGAUCUUGUGGACGACUGUGUGGGUUACAAACGAAUGGACGUCAGGUACAAGCAGAAACUCAACGAAAUAGGGGUUAGAGAAAAGAAGGAUGAGCUGGAAACAUACCUCAAAGAGUCUGUGGAACAUCCUCACCUGAUGAUUGGAAUGGAGUAUGAUGUGCUCUCAUGGUGGAAAAAGAACUCAGCUAAGUAUCCUAUCUUGUCUUCGGUUGCUCGGGAUGUCUUGGCUUUACAAGUCUCGUCAGUUGCUUCAGAGAGUGCCUUUAGUACAUCUGGUCGGCUUCUCGAACCACACCGGAGCUCUCUCACCCAUUACAUGGUGGAGGUUUUAAUGUGCACAGAGCAGUGGUUGAAGCAAGACAUAAAGAUGGAGUCAAGAGUGCUUUCAAAUGCUCAGAUACUAGCUGAUCUUGAAGAAGUGGACAUGCUUGAAAGAGAGUGUGGAGACACAAUAGUUCCAGAAGAAGACUAAGGCUUUGUUGCUGCUUAAGAAGAUCAUGGCUAUGUGAACACUUUGUUUCUUUGUUUCGGUUUGAGGUUUAUGCUUUUUUUUUUUGCAAUUUGAUCACUUUCUUUCGGCUUGAAUGUUGGUUUUAAGUUUAGACACAAAUUGUCUUGUUUUGUUGUGUCUAAAAAUUUUCAGUUGGGUUUUGGUGUGUUUGAACUCGUUUUGUUUCAAUGAAAUUUUCGGAUGUUCGGUUUA